AAAUUCAAGUAAACCUAACAGAAUGAAGCAGAGAAAUCUUGCUGAUGUGGUGGCAAGAAAAAAGUUUGUUGUAACAGGACAUGGUCCCAGUCCGUUAUCUGCACUGCUCUACCAGUGUCUGUUUAAUGGCUCUCUGACUUCUGGAGAUUUUCUCAGACUAUUUAGAGAAACUGUGAUGGAGAUUAACUCAUCCACAAAAAGGAUGAUGGUGCAGCCAAAGUACGUGGAGAACACUAAAGAAAACAGGAUUAAUACUCAGUCACUUGAGACCUCUUGCCAGAAAGAGCCGGCAGAGCUGGAGUUGUUACACAGUGACAGAAUGGCACACUAUGCCCAUGAGGUUCAUGUGUCUCCAGCAGAUGUAUCCACAUUUCCACAAAGCAUAGAGUCAGUAUGUUCCUUCAGUGGUUCCCCCUCUCCUUUAGCUGCUGGGAGGAGACAAGAAGAGACCAGUGAUAAACAACCUGGCUCGCUAACUUACAUGCCAGCUAAAGCUGAUACCCAAUAUUGUUCAGAUUUAACUCUGUCUGUAGGGGAUGCCCCAGAGGCGAUGCUUGUGAAAAGCUCAAGCAGAGAAAGUGUAGGAGAGCUGUUCAUCUUUGAAAAUCCAGCUGAGAGUCACAUGGUGGAUGUCACACAAACAGAGGACAGGAAGGGUCCCUGA